AUGGCGACCAAACGCGAACCCUCCUCCUUGGGCCAUCAGAACCGCUCCGUCGCUGAAGAGCAAGUCACAUCCAUUCUGCCAGGAGGCGAGAUACCCUACGAAUCCACGCACGCAUUAAACGCCGACGAAGAAGUGCUCGCCGCUCUCGGCUACAAGAGUGAAUUCAAGCGAGAGUUUUCCCUCUUCACCACCUUCUGCGUCAGCUUUGCCGUCUUGGGCUUGUUGCCCAGUUUUGCCAGUACGCUGUACUAUGGCAUGGGAUAUGCGGGGACGGCGGGGAUGACGUGGGGUUGGAUCAUUGCCAUGGUGGGGAUACAGUGUGUGGCGUGUAGUAUGGCGGAGCUUUGCAGUUCCAUGCCUACCAGUGGUGGACUGUACUAUGCUGCGGCUGUUUUGGCGCCCGAGGGAUGGGGGCCGUUUGCUGCCUGGAUUACUGGGUGGAGUAAUUGGCUUGCUCAGGUUACGGCGGCGCCGUCUGUAAACUAUGGCAUCUCUGCUAUGAUGCUUGCUGCAGCCUCGAUCCACAAUCCAGAAUACGUCCCUACAAACUACCAGACCUUCCUCCUCACAUUCUUGAUCAUGAUCCUACACGCAAUCCUCUCCUCUAUGCCCACAAAGUGGCUCGCGCAAUUCAACUCGGCCGGCUCCACCUUCAACUUCCUCGCCCUCAUCGUCGUCAUCAUCUUGAUCCCCGCCGGCACAGACCGACCCUCACGCGGCCUGCCUCGCUUCUCCCCAUCCAGCGAAGUCUGGGGCACAAUGUACAAGGGCACGUCUUUCCCCCCCGGCAUCUCCGUCCUCAUGUCCUUCAUCGGCGUCAUCUGGACCAUGAGCGGCUACGACAGCCCCUUCCACAUCGCCGAGGAGUGUUCAAACGCGAACCUGGCAUCCCCGCGCGCAAUCGUCAUGACGUCGGCCACCGGCGGCAUCUUUGGCUGGUUUCUGCAACUCGUGGUUGCGUACACGGUCGUGGAUAUCGACCAGGUGCUCGAUUCAGAGCUGGGCCAGCCCUUUGCCGCAUACCUGAUGCAGUGCAUGUCGCGCAAGAUUACGCUGGGUAUUCUAGCGCUGACCAUUGUCGCGGGGUUUAGCAUGGGCCAGGGCUGUAUGAUUGCGGCGAGUAGGGUGACAUUUGCUUAUGCACGGGAUGAUUGCUUCCCCUUUUCUCGAUACUGGAGAGUGGUGAAUAGGUACACGCAGACGCCGGCGAAUGCGGUGUGGUUCAAUUGUGCGGUUGGGAUCCUAUGUUUACUGCUUAUUUUUGGCGGAGAGUUGGCCAUUGGAGCGUUAUUCUCCAUUGGCGCCAUUGCUGCUUUUGUGGCAUUCACCAUACCCAUCUUCAUCCGCGUCUUCAUCGUGGGAAACCGCUUCCGUCCCGGCCCGUGGCAUCUGGGUAGAUAUUCCCUGCCUGUCGGCGCAAUCGGCUGCUCCUUUGUCAUCCUCAUGGUCCCCAUUCUCUGUUUCCCCAGCGUCACCGGGCCCGAUCUCACCACACCCCGCAGCGUCGAGGCCAUGAAUUGGACCGCGGUCGUGUAUGGCGGUCCGAUGCUUUUCAUCCUCAUCUGGUGGUUCGUCUCCGCGCACACAUGGUUCAAGGGGCCAAAAGUCAAUAUCGAUCAUAUGAUGCUGGGUCGCGGAGAGACUGUCGUCGAGGGCCAGGGUUUGCCUUUUGCUGCCGGGAAUGGCAGUUUGUCAAGUGACACAAAAGAAAUCUCAUUCCAGAAGAGCGUCAACAACACCAACAAAGUCGCCUUUGGGCAUAUUUCAGUCCCACAAGUCUUGCACAUCAGUGCACUAAAGUCGUCUUCGCUAGGAUACGUCUUUGGUGUCGCGGUCAAGGAAGCAAUGCAGCUAGCUACGAAUGCGAAACGUCAAGGCGUUGCGGAAUACGUUGCGCUCCUUGUUGGAAUGAACAUCGCGGCUGUUGUUGACCGGUGCGGCGAUGGUGUCUUUGGGAAGCGUGGCUUGUACCGGUAA